UUCGCCUUUAGGUCGGGCCUGAGUCCGCGCGCGCGCUAGAGCUCGGCUCUUGUAAUUGGCUCAGCGCUGUGCUGUUUUCCAUGCGCCACUGGGCGAGUCUCGGCUGUCUCAGUAACCCUCUUUUAUCCUCAAAAAAGGAGAGCGAAAGAGGGCAGACUCAGAGCUGUGCUCGGGCGUAGGGACCGCCAUUAUUGGGAGGCUUGGACAAUCACUUUCACCCUCACGCACAAUGUAUAUAUAUUGUAACGUUUAAAGACAUGCGUGGCCCAUAUUGCUCGUGAUUUGGCUACGAAAAACUGGAUGUUUUGUCUCAGUGUAAAGGCAUCGCUGCAUGUCGUCGGCACACGGUAAAUCAGCAUUUUAUGGCCACAACAAAGGGCAUUAUAACAGAUCAAAACCAACGUGCUUAGGCCGGAGGAAGAAAUUAAAACAAGCCUUUUUCUGCACGGAAACGACUGGCCUCCGAGAAAGGACAUUUUUUGUUUGGAUAUGUUUAGCCGUCGGUGGAUUUUCACAGCCGUUUCUAUGCGAACGCGAGAUCAGUAAGUUGCGCCUGACAAAAAUAUCCCUUGGAAACUGCAAGUCUGUCAAACCACAAUCAAACAGCCCCCACGGAAUUUAAUGUCCUCGGCUUUUUGCGUAGUCUUUUGUUUUCCUUUCUUUAUGGUUUCCAACAACACUGACCGGCUCGGUCGUAAACCCUCUUGCGCUGGCCUGGACGAGGGAAGAGGGAUUGAGAAGGGAAAGGGAGGACGGAGAAAAACACUGCAGCACAGACAGCUGAGCCGCUCAUAGGAAGGCAGCUCUGAACCAUGACAUCCCCAUUACGUAGCUUUCUUGCUUAGGCUAUGCUGGGCCUAGGCUUUGGGAGUGAAAUACUUUAGCAGUUGCUUUUUUUUUUUUUUAGGGUUCAGAACUUCACAUGUGUAUUUUGCUUGAAGAGUGUGCCGUAGGAUGUCUUUAUUUUGCCAUGCACAUACAACCACAACUGUGCUUGAUGUAUAUUCAAGCCAUAUAUUUCUCAGUGUCUAACAACACAGUGGGCUACAGCAAGUACAGGGAAGUCAGAACAUCAGGUUGUGUCUUGGUGUGUGUGUUGAAGGCUAGCCCCAAUUCCUGCUUCUGCCUCUUCAUGUCUCAUCUCUGAUUAGUACCCUCUAAUAUGGGCCGAACAUACAAGCAGUUUUCUUGAUCUGAAAGGAUGAUUGAAACAUCAGAACUAAAUCCUAAAUUGUGAAUCAAAUACAGGGCCUUACUUCAACAUUUUAUGGACACGUUUUAAAGAGUCUGCCUCUGUCAUCCUUUGGGGCAUGGCAAGAUGAAUGCCCGUGUACGAUGAUGAUGGCUAAAAAGCAAGAAUCCCGAAUGCCUAUCUACAACCUCGUUGUUGUUGGCCUGUCGGGAACUGAGAAGGAGAAGGGGCAAUGUGGAGUUGGCAAAUCAUGCCUUUGUAACCGCUUUGUCCGCCCUAGUGCGGAUGACUUCCAUCUUGAUCACACUUCUGUGCUAAGUACAAGUGACUUCGGUGGCCGGGUUGUCAACAAUGACCACUUCCUGUUCUGGGGAGAAGUGGGGAGAAUUUUGGAAGAUUGCGCAGACUGCAGAAUGCAUGUGGUUGAGCAGACCGAAUUCAUUGAUGACCAGACGUUUCAGCCCCAUCGCAGCACAGCCUUACAGCCCUACAUCAAAAGAGCUGCCUCCACCAAACUGGCUUCUGCUGAAAAACUUAUGUACUUCUGCACUGAUCAGUUGGGACUGGAGCAAGACUUCGAACAGAAGCAAAUGCCCGAAGGCAAGUUGCAGGUGGAUGGCUUUCUGCUUUGUGUUGAUGUCAGUCGUGGUAUGAACCGCAACUUUGAUGAUCAAAUGAAAUUUGUCACCAACUUGUACAAUCACUUAAGCAAGACAAAAAAGCCUAUUGUGCUGGUUCUCACUAAGUGUGAUGAGGGUGUGGAGCGAUACAUCAAGGACUCUCAUACCUUUGCCAUUACAAAAAAGAACUUGCAGGUUGUUGAAACGUCGGCACGGUCCAACGUCAAUGUUGAUUUGGCUUUCCUUACCUUGAUACAGCUCGUUGAUAAGGGAAGAGGUAAGCCCAAGAUCAUACCUUACUUUGAGGCACUGAAACACCAGAGUCAACUAAUUGCUUCUGCAAAGGACCGCUAUGAGUGGUUAGUGAACCACAUUGUGAAGAAUCACAAUGAAACAUGGCCCAACGUUAGCCGACGAAUGCAGACUUCACCUGAAUACAAGGAGUAUGUAUUUUUAGAAGGUACGGGUAAGGCUAAAAAGCUAUUUCAACAACACAUUCACAGGCUAAAACAGGAACACAUUGAAAGGCGUCGCAAAGCAUACUUGAGCGCUCUUCCACUCGCCUUGAGUAGCUUAGUGUCCGAGUUGGAUGAAAUUGAGCAUUUGAGUUGGUCAGGGGUCCAGAAGGUCCUCGAGUCUAAAAAAGACUUUGAUCAUUGGUUUGUGGUACUGGACGAUGCACCAUGGGAGGAAACACCACAUCUUGACAACAUGGAGGAUGAGCGUAUCCCCUUUGAUGUGCUAGACACCACGGCUGCUGAAAUAAUCUUUGAUGCACACCUUGAACACUUGCGCAACGAAUGCAAGCGUGCCCAGAUGCGUCAUGGGUUCAAAGCAAAAUUAGCAUCAUCACCUUUCGUUACCCCUGGCAAACCCUGGGAGGAGGCCCGAAGCUUCAUCAUGAACGAAGACUUCUACCAGUGGCUUGAGGAGCCAGAAUAUUUGGACAUUUAUAACCGGCACCAGAAAGCAAUCAUCGACAGGGCAAAAGAGGAUUUUCAGGAGCUUUUGCUGGAGUACUCUGAGCUCUUUUAUGAACUUGAGGUAGAUGCCAAACCUAGUAAAGAGAAGAUGGGAGCAAUUCAAGAAGUGUUAGGUGAAGAACAACGCUUCAAGACCCUUCAGAAAUUACAAGCCGAAAGGGAUGCUUUAGUGCUGAAACACAUCCAUUUUGUGUAUCACCCUACGAAGGAAACAUGUCCGAAGUGCCCACACUGUGUUGACAACAAAAUUGAGCAAAUACUAGCUUCGUGCUUCCCUGCACAAUACCCUUCCUUUGGAAAGUCCAAUAUGUUUGAUGGAAAGGUAGAUAGAAUCAAUCUUGUUAUACUGGGCAAAGAUGGUCUUGCCAGAGAAUUAGCCAAUGAGAUUCGGGCAUUGUGUACCAAUGACGAUCAUUAUAUGCUUGAAGGUAGAAUGUAUGAGCUUGUCCUUCGGCCCAUUGAGGGUAAUGUUAGACUUCCUGUCAAUUCAUUUCAUACAUCCACAUUUACUCCCCAUGGAUGCCUGUGUUUGUACAAUUCAAAAGAGUCCUUGUCAUACAUUGUUGAAAGUAUUGAGAAGUUGCGAGAGUCCACACUUGGCAGAAGGGACAACCAUAUGGCUCAGCUUCCCCUGUCACUCUUACUAGUAACCAAAAGAGGUGUUGGAGGACUGGGUGACAUUGGUGGUGAGACUGCUCAAGCAUUAAUCUCACAGGGUCAGCAGGUAGCCAUAAAACUGCAGUGUAACUACCUGGAACCUGCCUCCCCAGGCACUGGCUAUGGGCGAAAUGUAAAUGAAAAGCAGAUCAAUCAGGUCUUGAAGGUUCUACUAGAAACAAGGAGGACAUCUACAUUUCGUAGCUGUUCUCCACCUGCACCUCCACUGCCUCCAUGCAUUCGAGAAUUACAGCAGGAUCAGAGUCCAGAGGCUGAAUUGCGUAUUGUCAUGUGCCUAAUGUGUGGAGACUCCUAUGACAUUGAUCAACUCUUUGCACCAUUCCUGCUUCCUCAGCAUUGCAGGCCGACCUCUCCUCAAACAAGUGGCACUUCAGUGCUGCUAGAACAAACAAUUGGUGGUCACAAGCAUACAAUUGAACUGUCUCUAAUGUCAUACCAUGCUUCUUUUGCCACUCGUAAGAGUCGGCUGGUGCAUGGCUACAUUGCUGUAUACUCUGCUAGCCGCAAGGCUUCUUUUGAAACCCUGUGUGCCUUUUUGUGUGAGGUUCAGGACAUUGUCCCAGUUCAGCUGCUUGCAGUGGGGGAAACCCGGACUGAGCUUCUGGACUCUGAGUCUGCUCAUGAGUUGCUAGUCCAAGGUGAAGAACUGGCCCGUGAACUUGAUGGACGGUUUUGCAGUAUUGUCUGUGGCACUGGAGUAGUUGUUGGAGGACUACACAAACUAGACCUUUUGGAACAAUUUUUCACAGAGGUAUUAGAAAAGAGAACUAUUGUUGAGGCCAGUCAUAUGUAUGAAAACGUUGCAGACACCAGUAGCACAAAUGAGAAUGUGUAUUCGCCACACUGUGGCUCCUCAAGCCCUGUAACAAUGCUGUUAGAUUCUGAGGAAGACAUGGAAGCUUCCCCGCCUUACCAUGAUGGCACACUCACCUCUCACGGUGGAUUCAAAUUGCCUGACCUGGACUCAGGUGACACAUUCUCUGUGAUCUCUGACCUUAGCACCUUUGAGAACAAGCUAAAUAAUAAAGUUCCUCCACAAGUAAGACCCAAACCUAGUGUCACAUUUGACCUUAGAAAACCAAAUUUUAAUCCGUAUGUGGAUGCAGUCAGCCAUCGCCGUUCCCUUACAUCCAAUGUGACGUGGCCUCUAGGAGGAGAUUAUGAUCCUUCGGACUACGCUGAGCCAAUGGAUGCUGUCUCUAAACCCCGCCCCAGCUAUGAGGACAGCAUAUAUUCUGUGCCACAUGACAGCACACAGGGCAAAAUUAUUACCAUCCGCAAUUCCAAUCGGAUCCACUCUAAUGGAGGAGGCAAUGGUUCAGACAGUGAAGGGGAUGGCAGUUCAUUGGAGAGACGUCGCAAGUUCUCCGCUGCACGGGUGAAGCCACGUCUCUACCGUGAUUGUUCCAAACGUCUGGGGAAGUUCAGCAGUUUCCGCACUAGUUUUUCCAUUGGUAGCGAUGAUGAGAUUGGCACUCUCUCAAGGUCAAAAGAUGAUGAUGUUUCAGGACUAAAGGCAGACAUACUCAAUGAAGAAGGAGAAGAUCCCAAAAAAAGGAACAUACUGAAAAGUCUUCGCAGACCAGGCAAAAAAACAAGACCAAAGCCUCGUCAUUCUAUCUCUAAGCCUUUGGAGAGUAACUACUUUGGGGUGCCCUUGGUCAAUGUGGUUUCCCUUGAACGACCUAUUCCAGUUUUCAUUGACAAGAGUAUUCGUUAUAUUGAGGCCACAGGUCUGACAACAGAGGGUAUCUACAGGGUAAGUGGGAAUAAGGCGGAGAUAGAGAGCGUGCAGAGACAGUUCGAACAGGACCACAAUCUGGACCUUGUGGAGAAGGACUUCACUGUGAAUACAGUUGCCGGAGCAAUGAAAAGUUUCUUCUCUGAGCUGCCUGAGCCUCUGCUUCCUUAUAGUUCACAGGAGGAGCUGGUGGAAGCUUUCAAAAUUAAUGAUCGAGAACAGAGGCUUCACACAAUGAAGGAUGUGUUAAGACGAUUUCCCAGGGAGAAUUUUGAUGUCUUCAAAUAUGUAAUGAGCCAUCUAAACAAGGUUAGUCAGUGGAACAGAGUCAACUUAAUGACCAGUGAGAAUCUCUCCAUCUGUUUCUGGCCAACACUGAUGCGGCCAGUUUUCACCUCUAUGGAUGCCCUGACAGCCACACGCACCUACCAGACAAUCAUCGAGACAUUCAUCCAUCAGUGUGCUUUCUUCUUUUACAACCAGCCUCCUGCUGAGUCACCCACUGGCCCCUUCGGACCCCCUGGACCACUGGUGCCCUCCGGAUUGCCCCCAUCCCCCACAGCCCACCCUUCUUAUUGCCCUCCAACCCCACAUUUUACCCCACUUCUGCAAUCCCCACCACAUUCUCCCCCCCAGAGCCCACACACGGCCCCUGGAGAACCACAAACACUGUGAGAUGGGGAAAAUCACGUGGCCCGUUAUUUAGUGAACAACACACACACACACACACUUGCAAUGCAUGCAUACGCAUCUACAUUCAUGCUCUGCACACACAUCUAAAAGCCUCUAAAACAUGUAGCGUGUUUAGGUCAGUGUUGUAUGUAAAAAAAAUUGUUCUGAGCUCUCGGUCCUGCUCCUGGAAAUCCACCUUUCUGCAGAAUUUAGUUCCAACCUGUUCUAACAAACGUCUGUCAUUUUUAAUGUACCAUAAACCUUGACUAUCUGGUUCAGGUGUGUUUGAUUAGGUUUAUAUCUAAACUCUUUGUUGUACAGAGCACCUUAAUCUACAGUUAUUAACACAUAUCACACACAAAAUGAAGGUCUGUUAAAAUUUCUUUUUAAAGGGUGUAACCAACAAAGACUCCAAUCACCAUGUCAGCACUGCCCUUCAUGUAGUUUAUUACAGAAGGGGGAUGGUGUUUUUUUUCUAGAGAGUGAAUAUAGAUGUUCUAAUCAAGAAGGAUACAAACGGUUUUGAAGGAUUUUCCUGUUUUCUUCUUUCAGUAGAAGGCGUUUACAUUUCAUUUUACAACAGUACCUGCUCUUUUCUCUCCUGCUCUCUCUCUCUCUACGUCUCCUUAUGGAUCUGUGGUAUGGAGGACACUAUAGUCAUGAAUGAAAUCACUUUAACAGCAACCAUAUUCACCACUUUGCCUGGUUGUUGUGUUCCACUCUACCAUUAUUGGUUUCUACCCUAUGCCUAUUUUGUUAUAUGAACUUUAAAUAUACCAUGGAUUUCGGAGGAUGUUUUUAUUCCUUGUUUUAAAGACUUGAAGUUCUGACACCUGAAAGACUAGAAGGUGAUGUUGGUGAGGAUUUGCUUUGCUGAGUGUCUCCUGUGGAUCUUUGCUCAUAAAUUCACCUAAUGGGAGCAUAUGUGCCCUUUCUCUGAAGGCUGGGAUUUAAAUGGUGGUUUUAGGGAAUGCACUUCCAGUUAGCGCUGGUGUGGGGCUCAAGAUCACUGAGACUGCAGAUUUACUCUGACCCUUAACCAUUAGACUCUGAAUCAGCAAUUCAAAACCCUCACACCUUAAUUUUGGACUCAAAAAAAUACGUUGAAGGCCUUUUACUGAUGCCCAGUUUGACUGUUUUACGAACUCCAUUGUUUUUACUUAAUAAUCUAAAGCACUUUUUUGUCUUUUUAUAUAGAC